AUGGCCCAGGUUGCGCGAGACUCUUACUUUGUCCCGCCAAUUGCCAAUAACUCCUCUAUAGGCGUCUCGCUGGAAGCUGAUGCUCACGCCCCAUCAGCGUCUUAUAUCGAUGUCCCCGAAACGAGUCAUACACAGUCUUCUCGUCCGCUAACAUCGGGGACAAAUGGAUCUGCAUCGCAGACUUGGUCGUACCCCGUCCGGACUCUACCUGGUUGGGUGAGAUCCCUCGUCGUUCCCGAAGACGAGCCUGAUGCCUCAACAAGACUUUUACCAGCCGAGAUAAACGACGCAUUGAUAGCACAGCACAACCACUCCCCGCACGAGACAUCGAAACAGGACCGCAACAAAAUCCUCAAACUCGAAUCAGAUGGACUAGUUUCGACGGCCACAGAGACACGCCAAUCGCGCUGGAAACUUUUCACUCAGUCAGCUGCCUACGCUCGUACCGAAGCCGGCAUAGAAGAGAAACAAGUUUCGUUCGAUUGGCUAAAUGAUAAUCUGGGUGACUAUUCUCAACCCUGGAAUGCUAGCAACGAUGUUUCGGAUGCAGAACUUGGCUGGACUCCACGGCGUCGAAGCUUCAUUGAGCGUCUGCAAAGGCAGUUGUUACGCAGUCCGAUCGUACCGCUGAUCCUGCGGCUCACAGUCUGGAUAUUCUCUGUGUGUGCCCUUGCACUUGGUGGGUCACUCCACUACUUGUCGGGUAAGCUUCAUCGAAAUCAGGGUCCGUCGCCGGACAUGGCUAUCAUUGUUGAUGCGGUGGCCUUGGUUUAUUUGGUGUACAUCACCUAUGAUGAGUAUGCUAGCAAGCCGUUGGGUCUUCGCUCCCCGAAAGCGAAAGUGAGGCUGAUUUUGCUGGAUUUAUUUUUCAUCGUCUUUGAUUCGGCCAAUUUAAGUCUUGCCUUUGAGUCUUUGAGUGAUGUAACAGGCUCUUGCACGAAUGCUGUCAUCAACGACGAACCGGAUGAGAGGAGUGAUGUAUUGUGUGUUCGACAAAAGGCACUUGCCUCAGUCCUCCUUGUGGCAUUGAUUGCGUGGCUGCUGACUUUUGUUGUCAGUGUGUUCCGGUUGGUAGAAAGGGUUGCGAAGUGA